UGUGAAGAUGAUAAAGUAGAGAGAAGAAGAUAAGUGGACGGUGAAGUUAACAAGCGUGAGCUAAGUGGGGUCAGGAGGGACACUGACAUACAACCCUCGUUGCGGUGCUUCCUUCACUUUUCUUCAUUUUUCCCAAACCCCAAUUCAAUUUUUUUUCUUUUCUAUUCUAAUAUCACCGCAUUCAUAUACCGUUAAACUACUCUUUACUUCAUUCUAGUUACUAGUUAGUUACCCAAUCAAUCAACUCUUUCAUAAUCAUUUGUUAAACAAAGCCAUUUUGAAAGAUUAAAGCAGCAACAUAAUUGAUCUUCGGUAACAUAGCAUCCCAAAUGUUGAAUGUUUUUAGGGUUUAUCAGUGCUUCCUCGCCUUCGUCCUCCUCAUCUCCAUCUUCACAUCUGUUUUUCAAGGUCGUUCAUGAUUUAAUUUCAGUUCAGACUUAGGCAGCUGCUAUAAUAAUAAUAAUAAUAUUAAUAAGAGAGAAAAAGAUGGCAGCUGAGCUAGUCAAUGCUGCAACAAGUGAGAAACUGGCUGAAAUUGAUUGGAUGAAAAAUAUUGAAAUCUCUGAAUUAGUUGCUCGUGAUCAAAGGAAAGCCAAAGAUGUUGUUAAAGCUAUAAAAAAGAGACUGGGUAACAAGAACCCCAAUACUCAACUUUAUGCUGUCAUGUUGCUUGAAAUGUUGAUGAACAACAUAGGAGAUCAUAUUCAUCAGCAGGUGAUUGAUGCAGAAAUAAUUCCUAUUCUUGUGAAAAUUGUAAAGAAAAAGUCAGAUUUGCCUGUCAGGGAGCGAAUAUUUCUCCUACUAGAUGCAACACAAACAUCCCUUGGUGGGGCUUCUGGAAAGUUUCCACAGUAUUAUAAGGCAUAUUAUGAUUUGGUGAGUGCUGGUGUGCAAUUUCCUCAAAGAGCUCAAGUUGUCCAAGUAAGUCAACCUAGUUCACAACCAAAUAGGACUAAUACUUUACCAAAAAGGGAUCAGGAUCCGCCCCCAUAUAGACAUGCAGAGGUUGCUCAGAAAGCAGAAUCCAACACCGUUCCUGAAUCUAGGUGAUUUGCAUUUCAGUUUUAGUAAAAUUUGUUGUAGACUGGGUCUUUCAAAACCCUUUUAGUGGAAGUGCAUGAUUUGAGGAAUA